AUGCCAGGACCUAUCGGAGUCGAUAUGGCUGAUGACAGUAGCUCAAAAACGGUCAACAUGCGCGAUCUGGAAUCUAAGGGGAUGACCUCCGUCUAUCUCGACGGGAAAUUUUUCUGGCAGCUGCCAAAAGCUCUCCUCUUGCAGCGUGUGCCUGCUGUAAUCCUAAAGGGCCACUCUGACGAUGACGCGACAUCAGCCGACAUUCCAUCAGUUUGGGAGAUCACUGGCUGUACCCGCGAUGCUUUUCGUGUUUUUAACGAUUGGCUGUACAGUCCAACUGGUAGCUUGAAGGCUCCUUCACCGAACGUGCCAAUAAAAACAUACUUUGAUGCAAUCAAGUUUGCCUCCGACCACGACAUCCCGAUGUUCCUGCAGUGCCUUAUCAACAUCGUGAUGGCAGCACUCAAGGAUCCGCAGAACGAGAACCUAGGCCAAGAUCUCCAAAAUGUCAUGGGAUCAGAAUCAUCUGGAGGUGCCAUCAUCAGUGGAAAUCUUGCUGUUAUGCUCCAGCACGGCAUGCUAGAUCCUGCCACAUUCAAAAUGAUUGUCAAAGCACCCGAGAUGGCUCGAGAUGUACUAGUCUGGUUGGAGUUGUUCCGGCAGUGCGAUGUUGGGAAGCUUGACCAGGCGAACAAGCUCAAGUGGGCCGGCGACAAUCUCUCCAUGUGGGUUGAGAUUCAACAGUGA